AUGUGGUUACGUGGAGGAGUCUUAUGUGUCCUAGUCGGUGCCAUUUUGAGCCAAAAUCCUGAAAAUCCUGAGGUGGUACCUAGAGUAACCAUAUCGCAAGGUGACGUGGUUGGUAUCAAUAAUGGUGAUUAUUUUGAAUUCCAUGGUAUACCAUACGCUGAUGCAACAUCAGGAACUAACAGAUUUAAGGCGCCUUCGGCUCCACCAAUAUUCACUGAAGAAUUUUUUGCUAUAAGAAAAGACGUGAAAUGUGUGAGAGCAUUGGGGCUUGGUUAUGAAGGAACCGAAGACUGCUUGGUUGCCGAUGUUAUGACUCCAACCUUAGAUGCCACAGCAAGAUUACCCGUUAUGGUUUGGAUUAAAGGAAAAGAUUUAGACCACGCAUAUGUUCCAGAGUUUUCUUUCGGCCGAUUCAUGGAAAAGGAUGUGAUUAUAGUAUCAUUAAACUAUCGUGAAUCCAUUUUAGGAUUUUUAUGCUUAGGCACCGAAGUAGCUCCAGGUAAUGCCGGUCUUAAGGAUAUUAUAGCAGGUCUAAGAUGGGUACAGGAGAACAUUGUCGCAUUUGGUGGAGACCCUGAUAAUGUUAGUCUGUUCGGCCACGGCAGCGGUGCUGCAGCGGUAGAUUUGAUUACAGUAUCACCCAUGGCACAAGGAUUAGUUCACAAAGUUAUAGCUCAAAGUGGAAACGCGUUAUCGCCAUGGGCAGUCACUAGAAAUAAUUUAAAAUAUGCAAUCGACGUAGCCGAAGCAUUGGGUCACGAAAUCACAGAUGUAAACACUUUAUCUGAAGUAUUUACAAGAACAAGUGUAUCUGCAUUGAUGGCUGUCAUAAAUGAACUGGACCUCACUGAUAAUUCUUUAGCUUUCGCUCCGUGUAUCGAAAAUGGAGACUUAGAAAAUGAGCAACCAUUUUUGAUUAAAACGCCUUUUGAAACUAUAAGAGAUGGUCAGCAACUACAAGUACCGUUUAUGACAGGAUUUGUUGACAUUGAAGGCACAAUAAGAGCAGAAGAAGCUUUGGAAGGUCAUUGGUUAGAAAAAAUGCAAAAUUCGUUUGUUGACUUCAUUCAACCAGACAUAGGAGCUAUGACCGAGAUUGAAGAAUCGACAUUGACUGACAUGAUCAGAAGAUACUACUUUGGAACCAAUCCCAUAGACUUAUCACGUCUGACUGAGUAUUUGUCAUAUAUUGGAGAUACAAUGAUUUUAGUAUCUUCGAUUAGAGAAACGAGUUUGCGUGCUGCUUAUUCAAAUGCUCCUACAUAUCUUUAUCAAUUUUCUCAUAAGGGUCCACUUGGUCAAAUGUUUAUACAACCAUUGCAGAUCCAAUAUCCAGGACACAGCGAAGAUUUAGCUUAUUUGUUUUAUGACCAAGAAACGUUGACAGUUGAAACAGGAGAUUUUAUGAUUGGCACAAUAUUACUUGAACGUUGGACUAAUUUUGCUAAAACUGGAAAUCCAACAAGUGAAACAUCAUCUGUGCUAUGGAGACCAUUUUCAACUAACGACAAUUCUUACUUAAGAAUAUUGGAUGCAAACGAUGUAAAUGACAGCGAUCCUAUACUAGAGGUCUCGUUAAUUAAUCCACAUCCUACUACAAUGACAUUCUGGAAUCCUGUUUACGACAACUAUUUUAUUGAUGCUCACAGCCAAUGGACUUUAAGUCAAAGAAACGAUGAGGACGAGAGUGGUGAGGCUCAAGAAAACGAAAGCGAGGAAGGGAAUGAAAAUGGGGAUGGAGAUGUCAAUAUCGAAGAAGGUGAUAGCGAAUCAGCAGAAGAAGAUAAUAACAGCGCGGAAGAUCCAGAAACAGAGGAAUCUGAGGGGGAGAACGCUUCUGACUCCGCAACAACAAAUGUUGCUUAUACUUUAUCCAUAGUUGUACUUUUCGCGAUGUUGGGUGAAUUGCACAAUUUACAAAUACUUUCGUAG